AUGGGGGCCAGCCUCUUCUCGGUGGUGGGCACUCUGCUGCUGCCUGGCCUGGCGGUGCUGCUGCGGGACUGGCGCCUUCUGCAGGGGCUGAGUGCCCUGGUGACUGGACUGCUGCUGCUCUUUUGGGGGUUCCCAGUCCUGUUCCCUGAGUCUCCCUGCUGGCUGCUGGCCACGGGGCAGGUGGCCCGAGCCAGGAGGAUCCUGUGGCACUUUGCAGAAGCCAGCGGUGUGGACCCCCAGGACAGCCCCUUGGAGGAAGAAAACUCCUUGGCUACAGAGCUGGCUGUGCUGUCUACAGGGCACCCCCAGCCCCGGUACCACUCCCUCCUGGGGCUCCUGCACACUCGCAUCACGUGGAGAAACGGGCUUAUCCUGGGCUUCAGUUCGCUGAUUGGUGGGGGCAUCAGAGCCAGCUUCCUCCGCAUCCUGGCUCCCAGCGAGCCUGCUUUUUAUCUGCCUUACUUCCUGGAGGCCUGCCUGGAGGCAGUGGCCACAGUCAUCCUGCUCCUCAUGGCAGAUCGCUGUGGACGCCGCCCUGUCCUGCUGCUGGGCACCAUGGUUACAGGCCUGGCAUCCCUGUUGCUCCUUGCUGGGACCCAGUACCUGCCGGGCUGGACCAUGCUGUCUCUCUCUGUCCUGGGGCUCCUGGCUGCCCAGGCUGUGUCUGCACUCAGCAGCCUCUUUGCAGCUGAAGUCUUCCCUACCGUGAUCAGGGGGGCCGGGCUAGGCCUCGUGCUGGGGGCCGGGCUUCUAGGCAGGGUGGCCGCCCCCCUCACCGACAUGCAGGGCAGGCAGGGCUUCUUCCUGCAACACGUGGUCUUCACCUCCCUGGCCAUCCUUGUCCUGCUCUGUGUCCUGCUGCUGCCCGAGAGCCACGGCCGGGCACUGCCCCAGUCGCUGCAGGACGCCGACCGCCUGUGCCGCUCUCCACUCCUGCAUAGCAGCCCACACCAGGACCACCUGCCCCUGUUGCUGUCCUCCCACCCCCAGCCUCAGCAGCUCUCAUCCUGCCUGGUAGCCCCAUGAGCCUGAGAGGGGGAACAGCUCAGCACCCCAGAUGCCUGGCUCAGGGUGAUAGCUGGACAGAUACACAUCCUCAAGGCCAUGUGUCGGUGCAGGCAGGAGAGCUGUGGGCAUGACGUGCAGGCAUCCCGGCUGGGCCCCUUGCUCCUGGGGGCCCUGGGGCUCCUCCUGCCUCAACCACCUGGUGCAGGGGAUAAAGGCUCCUGUGGGACUUGGCACUCUCCUGGUUCUUCUCUCAGGCUGCACCUGGGCAGGAGGGGACCUUGCCCUUUGCCCACCCCCCUCUAGGCUCUCUAGCCUGGAGCCAGAGCUCGACGG